GUGUAUUUCCGGGUUGUCGGGAGUCGAAAACAAGAGGGGCACCAACGCGCCCGGGACACGGAGCAAAGCGGAUUAAAGUCCAGCAGAGAUGGCGGGGGAGGCUGAGGACGAGAUACCAGAGUCGGGAGCAGUUUUUACUUUUGGGAAGAGUAAAUUCGCCGACAACGUCCCCAGUAAAUUCUGGCUUAAAAAUGACGUCCCACUCAAAAUCGCUUGUGGGGAUGAACACACCGCCUUAAUAACGGAAAAUGGGAAACUCUUCAUGUUCGGCAGCAACAACUGGGGCCAGCUCGGUCUGGGAUCCAAACUGACUGUGAACAAGCCGACGUGUGUCAAAGCUCUGAAGUCUGAGAAAGUUCAGCAUGUGGCCUGUGGAAGAAACCACACCCUCAUCUGCACCGCUCAGGGAAAAGUCUACACCUCAGGUGGGAACAGCGAGGGUCAGCUGGGGCUCGGCGACUGCGAGGAGAGGACGGCGUUUCAGCGGGUCCAUUUCCUCGAUUCACACGGACCAAUCAAAAUGCUCGCUGCGGGUUCAAACACCUCGGCUGCUCUCACAGAAAGUGGUAAACUCUUCAUGUGGGGUGACAACGCUGAGGGUCAGAUCGGUUUGGGGAAGGAGAGUCACGCCACCUCGCCGCAGGAAGUCAGCGUGGGACAACCAAUCAGCUGGGUGUCCUGCGGAUACUACCACUCUGCCUUAGUGACGGUUGACGGAGACCUCUACACGUUUGGAGAGCGUGACAGCGGCAAACUGGGCCUGGGCACCGGCCAGCUGCCCAGACACCGAGUCCCUCAGGUGGUGAAGAGCAUCAAGGAGCCGGUGACACAGGUGGCCUGUGGGGGGGGACACACUGUGGCGCUAACAGAGGACGACGUGUACACGUUCGGCCUCGGCCAGUUUGGACAGCUCGGUCAUGGGACGUUUACAUUCGAGUGCCGGAUGCCGCAUCUGGUCGAACACUUCAGGAAGGGACGGGUUCGUCACGUGGCCUGCGGGGAGAAUCACACUGCACUCGUCACUGAUGGGGGUUUGCUCUACACAUUUGGAGAUGGCAGACAUGGCAAACUGGGCCUCGGAGAAGAGAACUUUACCAACCAGUUCAAACCAACUCUGUGUCCACGCUUCCUCAAGUACAACGUCCAGGCAGCCGUGUGCGGCGGCUGUCACAUGGUGGUGUUGGCUCAGCCGAGGGAUCAGACCUGCAGCGAUGUGACUCUGGAGGAGGACGACGUGACAGAGGUUUACCUGGAGAGGCCGUACGUGGAGCUGCUGGGGGACACGGGCGACUCCUCCACCCUGCAGAGGAGCCUCUCUGCUCGGGUUCGCCGGAGGGAGAGGGAGAGAUCUCCAGAACAGUUUGGUACCAUGUUCCGCACUCUGCCCGCCAUGACACCCGGCUACCUCCACCCGCCGCUUCCCGUCUCCAGCCACACCAUCCCGCCCAGACUGCCCGAGCUGACCCACAGAAAGGUGCUCAACGGCGCUCACCGACACGGGAGCACAGGGUCAAACCACCAGGCGCAGACAGGGGGCGAUACAGACAGCCUCGUGGAGAGCCUGACCGACACCGACAGCGUUAAAGGUCUGGGAGAAACCACCGACUUCCUCAACAUGACGCAUGUGAUGAAGAUGGACCCCAGUGAUAAAACACUCACUCUGUCCCCAGUCCAGAAGAGGAAGGGUAAGCAUGGUAAGACCACUGCAGGACAGAAAGAGAACCAAACGAAGAAGAGAAACCUCUCGAAGCAGAGCAGUUUCUCUUCGACUCCCCCAUCUCGUAGGAGCGAGACUGUCUCUCCUUGCCAGGCAUUGCCCGCCGAGCUCUUGAGGAGCCGCAGUGCUUCACAGAGACAGAAGACAGCAAACCCGAAUAAAGAGAAUGUGAUGGGGGAGCUGGAGAGGAGACCCAGUAAAAACAAACCUCUGAAUGUAGGGGACAUCAGGAAGGCAGCAUCUAAGCAGGGACCCAGGUCGGAGCAGAGUAAAAGCAAGAUGAUAGAGGUUGGCAGGAAGCAGGUCCCAGGGUCGAAGCAAAGUCCUGAAACAAAAGAGAUAGCUUCAGGUGUUGGCUCUGUGGCCAAAGGUAAGCAAGCGCAGCCGAAACCUUUAAAAAGCAAACCGAUAAUCGUGCAGAGUCAUCAAGCAGGAGUUGGUUUGCCAAGUAAACGCAGACGUAAGGACUCGUCUGGAUUUCACCUGAGUGACGCCAUGGAAGAGGAAAGUCCGAAAAGCGUUCAACUGGUUUCCGGGAUGAAAAGACGCCCCAAAGCUAAAGAGGUCCCCGAUUUGUCCAAAAAAUCGAAGAAUGAGAAAAACAAAAAAGAGGCUCAGUCAGAGUCGCUAGAUCUCGGUCUGCUCGCUGCCACCGCCUCACUCGCAGCCGGAACAGUUUUAGCACAUGAGGUGGUGUCCAGGAGCCACUUUAGCUCGCUGUCGUCAUCUGAGAGCAGCCAAGGCGUCCUGAAAGACAGCGCGAGGAAAUCAAGAAGCGAUGAAUCUGCCGAUUUGAGCCACAAAUCCGUGGUCAGCAUCAACAUUAUACCUGUGUCUGAGAGUCCUGAGGUGAGGACGAGUCAGGACGAGAAGGGGACGAGUCAGGAUGAAAGUAAGGAGGAGAGCGACGAGCAGACAAACUCUGCAACAGUCAAACAGGAGGAGGAGGAGGAGGAUGAAGAUGAGAAGGGGCAGAGAACGAGUGCAGACAUAAGUGAAGAAGAAGAGGAGGAGGAGAGCCAGAGUGUCGAGAAAGUCACAGCAGAGGAAGAAGAUGAAGAAGACAGUGACACUCUUCAACCCGAAGAUGAAUCGGAAACAAGCAGGGAUGAGGCAGAAGACGAGAGUGCUGCUGAGGAAGAGGAGGAGGAGGAAGAGGAGGAGGAAGAUGCAGGAAGGAGUGAAAGUGAAGAUGAGACUUUAGAGAAAGAGAGCAAAGGAGGUGAUGUAGAGGAUGAGGAGGAACACGAGGAAGCAUCAAGUCAGGACACAGAAAGCAAGGGAGGAGAGAGUGAAAACGAGGAGGAAGGUGAAGCAGAAGAAGAGGGGGAUUUAGAAAGCGAGGGUGAAGAAGAAGAAGAGGAGGAUGAAAGUGAAUCUUUAAAGUCAUCGGAAGACAGAGAAGAGAGUGAGGUUGAGAAUGCGAGUGAGGGAGAGAGUGAGGAUGAGGGGGACGAGGAGGAGGACGAGGGGGAAAAGGAGAGUAGUGCCGAGGAGGAAGAGGAGGAGAGUAGUGAGGAAGAAGAGAGCAAAAAUGAGGCAGAAAGUGACGAAGAGAAUGAGGAAGAGGAGGAUGGUGAAAGUGAGGAGCAGGAGGAGGAAGAGGAAGAGGAGGAGGAGGAGAGUGCUGAGGAAGAGAUGGAGGAGGAGGCAAAAGAGAGUGUGGAAGAGGAGGAGGAGGAGGAAGAAGGGGAAGAGGAAAAAGAGAGUGAAGAGGAGAAGGAAGAAGAGGAAAAAGAGAGUGAAGAAGAGGAGGAAGAAGGGGAAGAGGAAAAAGAGAGUGAAGAGGAGGAGGAAGAAGAGGAAAAAGAGAGUGAAGAGGAGGAAGAGGAAAAAGAGAGUGAAGAGGAGGAGGGGGAAGAAAAAGAGGAUGAGGGAGAGGAAGAGGGUGAUAGUGAAGAUGAGGAGGAGGAGGAGGAGGAGGAGGAGGAGGUCAAAAAAGUCAAAAGUGCAAAAUCUACAAGUAAACCCAGGUCAGGGGGCAAAGGUAAUGCAGCGGGGGAGGAGGAGGAGUUUUGGGGCGAUGUCUUACCUCAGUACCUCAACCUGAAAUAACACGGAGCCAUAAACUCAUCAUUAUUUUAUUAUUAAUCAGCCUGUCAAUUAUGUUUUUAAAUUAAUGUUCAUUAGAAAUAUACAAUAUGAAAUAUGAUCCAUCCUCCAUCUUAAGACCUGGUCCAGUCGAGACAAUCUGUAGUUUUAAUUCCUGAGUUAUUAUUAUUUAUCACUUAGUGUAAUAUAAGUGUUGUAAAGUUGUGUUUUAUCAAAUUGCAUGAGUAGUAUUUCAAGUAUUUCAGAAAACACAGAAAACCUUGAUGAAGUCAGUAUUAAUCCAUAAAAGUACUACAAGGCUGCAACCAAUGAUUAUUUCUAUACCUGACAAGUAUUUUCUUAAAUGAUUGAUACAUUGGUUGAUGUUUAAUCUAUAAAAUGCCCCAAAUGAGUUAUUCCAUUAUUCCAAGAAAUUUGGAUAUUAGAAAUCUUCACAUUUGAGAAGCAGGUACCAGGGGUUUAUUUUUUUUGCUUUAAAAGUUACUCAAACAUUUUUUUAAUCAUUAACAUUUUUGCCAACAAGCUUUCUAUCCAUUGCCUAAAAGUUUUAUUGUCUAGUAAUUUCAGCUCAAGUCCUGAAAUGGUUCCUUGGUGCCGAGGGAAGUGAAACUGACAUGAACAUUGGGGUCAUUAGGGGCCGAGAACACAUUAAAUUCUCCAAAAAUCUUGAAUGAAAUAGAGAAACGAAAGCAAAUUGGAUUAGAUGCAUGAAUCGGUUCUAGAGCUGGUGCAUGAGGCGUUGGAGUUUGAGUCCAACAAGAGCGUCGCCACAUCCCUGGGCUUUCUGCUGCUGCUGUCACUUCUCACACACUGUGCCUUUCUGCUAAUAUUCCUUUCUAUUGCAUCAUCUCAUUCAUUUCUAAAAAAUGCUUUUCUAUCUUUGUCUUUGAAAGUGAUAAAAUGUGUCUUGGGUAUUUGCUUGUAAAUGCUUUGUUUACUUGUCUUUGGAAGCAUUUUGUUUUUGUCUGUUAUAUUUGAUUCAGUCUCUGAAACAGUGAGUCUUCACACACGGUGCCUUAAUCUUUGGCAAAGAAAAAGAUUUACACAUUUACGCGGAACAAUCCCUCUUCUUAAUUUAUCUCUUUUUUCAUUCAUUUCUGUCUUUUGUAAUAAAUGUCUGUUUCAUUUGGUUUAAGUUGUUUUUGUGUUUUGUUUUUUAUUAAUUUCCAAAAUCAAAUGGAGAUGGAAAGGGUUGAAAAUUAGGUGAGAGGUUGUAAGAACACAUGACUGAAACGCAAACUCAGAUUCCAGAGGUUUUAUUUCCACUGAUUGAAGAUUCACCCCAAAGUCAGAAACAUCUUCACAGCGUUGAGGAAAGAAAUUGAGAUUCCAAAAAUAGUUUAGUUUUAAUUAAAAUAAUCAGGCUUCAAUCUUUUUCUGAUAUCAUGAUAUUGUAUUUGGUUAUUUUUGCUCUUAUCUCAAGUUCCUCUGGUCUCAACAUUUCGCAAAACUAAAAAGUACAACUGAAACGAUCAGAUUCCAGAAAUGUUCCGUUUACGACAUAAAACAGAAAAGCAGCAAAUCCUCAUUACAGAGAAGCUUAAAUCAGAUCAUCUAACUGAUGCCAAGAAAUAAUUGAUCUGAAAAAUCAAUGCACUCAUUUGUCGUUUGAUGCUUUUUCUCUCCGUUAACCUGGUUUGUUGUGUGUGUGUGUGUGUGUUUGAUUGGCUCGUUUCAGGAGGAGGUGGGGCUUGUUUUCUUCUACCUCUCACAUCAUUGUCUCUGUGUUUAUAAUCCCAACUGUAAUCCCUUCCCAUCAUCCCCUGCUGUAGUCCGGAUUAGCUCAGAGCUGCUUGUCAUCAUAUUUUCUUUAUUCAGGGUUAGGGUUUUAAUUUACUGCAAAAAAAACAUGUAGAUCAAGAUUUUCUACCCCGCUCCUCCACCCUUGAAUAUACAAUGUAGAUAGAGCUGCCCAGCAUCUGUCUCCACUUGUAGAUCUGGGAAAUUAUAGCAUCAGGUAGAUAUUAUAGAUAAAAUGCCACAACACUAGACAUUAAAGACAUUUUAUUGCAGUGAGCUUUGAUUCCCGUCCUCAUGUCUGCAAUUCUCUUACUCUUGGUAGGAUUUGACGAAUCCAUUCAAAACGCGAAGCAAAGGCGAGGAGGAGGAAGACGAGGAAAAAGAGGGGGACGGUGGAAAUGUUCAAGAUGACGAGG